GGGUACGAUCUAAUCCAACUUAAACAUACAAAUACUUAAGUAAUAGAUUUAGCUGUUAAAAGGCGCACCGAUCCAUCGCCAUCCAAAUCGUUCAAAGGCAUUUUCGAAACGAAAGCCCAGCAAAAGUAAAGGGAACAGAGCAGUAUAGGAAAAUAGAGCAUAUAUAACCUCCUGUUACUCUAGGAUACUACUAUUUAAGCAUGAAACUACAUAUGUACAUUUAAUGAGAAAGGUUAUUCAACUACGAACAUUACUGUGAGCCAGUAAAAAUAUCGGAGAACCAAGGUCAGAAUUAAGAGGCAUAACAUAGCAGGCAGGUAAGGGAACAAUUAGGGAACAAGGCAAACCAAAGUCACAAUACCGACGUAACACUGUACAUAGGCAGCACAGCACACAAACACAGAAGUUAUCGCGAUGAACGCGCGUUCACAGGUCUUUGAUCUGACCAUGGAGGGUCGUCAGGUGGACGAGGCGGUGGCCACCAUCUUUCACACCGUCCUCUUCCACCGCUGCCUGGGCAAGUACAUGUACACGGGCGACGCCCAGUACUCGAUUGGCACAGUCGGCUACACGGACGUCGACUGCAACUUCAUCGACUUCACCUACGUGUGCUGCACCUCGGACAGCUUGACGCACAAGGUGAAGCGGGCCAUCAACUCGUUUAGCGAGAAACUGCGCUCCAACGAGAGCUGCGGCUCCGGCCAGAUCAGUCUGGAGUUCUUCCAGAAAAAGAAGAACCGCUGGCCCUUCCCGCAGGAGUCGAUCCCGUGGGAGGUGUGGACGGUGCACCUGGAUCUGAUCAAGCACGAAAACGAGGAUGAGAGGCAGCUGUGCCGCGAGAAUGUCUCCGAUCUCCUGACCGAAAAGGUCAUAUACAUCACCGAGCUGAUGAAUCGGCACGACUACGUGCCCAAGACGCCCAGCCAGAGCGAACUGGACCUGAUCUUCGACACAUCCUUUCCGGACGUGCAGCCGUAUUUGUUUAAGUUUGACUACUCCACCUCGGGCUCGGCUGCUCCCUCCAUGGGUAACGCCAUGAAGAAGAUUAUCAAAGAGACCCUCGCAAUGUGACGGGCUGGCGGGGGAAUCGUGAUCGCUCCAUCAUUGUGUAGUUGGGUCACUUCGGUGAUUAUUGCUUAGUUGCUCGCGAGUUAAUUUAUUUGUAGAUUCUUUUUUUUCAACCGUUUACUCCUAGUGUUUCGUUGCCCAUGACCAAGAAUGAGUCGUAGACCAGGAUGAUAAGAUGAAACGCGCAGUAAUUAAUUAUUUAUGGCACGUCCCUGCUGAACUAGAUCGUUUUACGUGUAGGCUGUCAUCUUAACAUUUUUGCCUUAAUACUUUUAGUUGUUAUUAUUGCCUUAGAUGUCCAUUAGGUUCCAUUGACCACCGCUUAAUCCCCGAGCAUGAUAUGGGUAAAUUGAGGACUCAUGUCCACGGCAGGACUUAAAAGUAGAAGGGAGACCUGCGUUGAUAGCCAUGGAAUGCCAAAAGGAGAUGGCUGUAGAUUGCAUAGGCCACCAUUAGCUAUCCAGAUCCCACCAAAUGUAUAAGCUAUAUCCCCGUUAUUAUCCAUGCAAGACGUUCCAGAAACAAGCUUUGAGCUCCACUAGCAAGCAGUUAGCUGUCAGCCGAGCAAAUUUAUUGUGUUAAUUAUAUCUUAAUCGCCAGUGUAAAUAACGAAAAUGAUGCAAGCUAUGAAAUUGUACGCGGUGUGCGAGAGAA